AGUGGCUGAAAGUUCAAUUUUUGUUGAAUUCCAUAAUUUUGUUGAAUUUCAUCUAAAAAAUUGUAAAAAUCUAUUAAUGGCGUCAUCAACUGUACGAAAAUAUAGUGCAUCUGUUAUAUUCUUCCAUGGCUCCGGUGAUACAGGACCAAAUCUGCUGGAAUGGGUCCGUUUCUUACUUGGUCGUGAAUUGGACUUUGGGCAUAUACGAAUUGUCUAUCCAACUGCUCCAACACAGAAGUAUACACCUUUAAAUGGACAACCGUCUACAGUGUGGUUUGACCGAAGAUCUGUAAACAUUGCGGCGCAAGAAAGCAGAAAGAGUAUGUCCGAGUGCUACAAUAUAGUGCAGCAGCUUAUUCAGACUGAAGUAGACAACGGUAUACCGCUGAAUCGCAUAAUUGUUGGCGGCUUUUCAAUGGGAGGCGCGUUAGCCCUACACACUGGUUACCACUUGAAUACUGACUUAGCCGGUGUUUUUGCGCACUCUUCAUUCCUUAAUCGGCAAUCGGUGGUCUAUGAAUCGCUGACAAAUCGAAAAGAACCUAUUGACACGCUUCCUGAGCUUCACAUGUUUCAUGGAGAGCGGGAUACAUUAGUUCCUAUGGAAUGGGGAAGAGAGACUUGGGAAUCAUUGAAAAAAUUGGGCGUAUCAGGCACAUUUACACCAUUGAAGAACACGUUGCAUGAACUCAAGAAUAAAUCACUUCUAGACUUGGAGGAAUGGAUACUACAAAAAUUACCACCAUUGAAGAAUGAAGUGCAAAAUAAACUUUGAUCAAAUGUUAACAUA